AUGAAUCGGCUAAGUAUCAUAGUGGUUCUGGGACUACUGGCACUCGGGUGCGCUCAGCUCAGUCUUCGUCAGCCCGAGUGUGACUCUCCUGAGGCAGAAGAAGCCGCAUUGGUGGCUCAGGAUUACCUCAAUGGCCAGCAUACUCAUGGCUACAAAUAUGCACUAAACAGGAUUGAGGACAUCAAGAUCAUCUCUAAGCCCGACGCAGAUGACGUGUAUGUCGUUGAAGUGGACCUUCUGGAGACAGAUUGUCACGUGUUGGACCCCACACCUGUUGCUAACUGCACAGUCCGACCCAAAGCACUGACGGCAGUAGAAGGAGACUGUGACGUGGUUCUGAAAAGGGUUGGAGGAGUGCUGACUGUCACAGCGUUCAAGUGUAAGACAGAAGAAUCAACAGAGGACCUCUGUUUGGGCUGUCCUAUCCUCCUUCCACUGAACGACACCAAAGCACUGGACUUGGUGCACGCCUCUCUGGCAACCUUCAACAACAUCACGGUCAAUACAACAUACUCUCUACUUGAGGUCGGAAGAAUGUCGACACAGAUUGUCUCCGGUGGGCCUCGCUAUUUGGCUGAAUACGUUAUCGCUGAGGCUAAUUGCACUAAUGAUGUCUGUGUGCCGCUGAAUGAUGUCAUGGCUAAUCGUGGUAUUUGCACUGCCAAAGGCCUAGGAACUGCCCACGCAGUAGACUGCAAGAUGUUUCCCGUUAUGGUACCGCCUCAGGAUGCAAACAGCACUUACGUCUUUCCGACAAGCCAUGUGCGCACACAAAACGUGACCAGAAAGCAUGGUCUAAGACACUACAAGCUGACUUCGAUCCACAACCCGCAUAUUACUGGUCUUCUGUCUGCCGAGACGGCGUCAGAAUCUUCUGAAGUGGUGUCCGUAGCAACUCCUGCACUGUUAAAUGCUACAGCGUCUGUUGCCUCAACCCCAGCUGCUGACACAUCAUCAGCCUCAGUCAGUGCAGAGGUUCCUGUUGUGGUGGUUAAGAGAGACGUGCCCGCCGCACCCGCCACAGUAACAGACCCUGUUCUCCUGAUACCACGAUGCCCAGGAAGGGUCAGAUUCUUUUCUUAA